CGCAAACUACAAUUCCCGGCGGGGAGCGCAGUGAAGGGGGGUGGGACCUGAACAUGGCGGCGGUGGUAGCUGCAACGGCGCUGAAGGGCCGGGGGGCAAGAAAUGCCCGCGUCCUCCGGGGGAUUCUCUCUGGAGCCACAGCUAACAAGGCUUCCCAGAACAGGACCAGAGCACUGCAGAGCCACAGCUCCCCGGAGUGCAAGGAGGAGCCUGAGCCCCUCUCUCCUGAGCUGGAAUACAUUCCCAGAAAGAGGGGCAAGAACCCCAUGAAAGCUGUGGGACUAGCCUGGUACAGCCUGUACACCCGGACCUGGCUUGGGUACCUCUUCUACCGACAGCAGCUCCGGAGGGCUCGGAAUCGCUACCCCAAAGGCCAUUCCAAAACUCAGCCCCGCCUCUUCAAUGGAGUGAAGGUGCUCCCUAUCCCUGUCCUCUCGGACAACUACAGCUACCUCAUCAUCGACACCCAAGCCGGGCUGGCUGUGGCUGUGGACCCCUCAGACCCGAGGGCUGUGCAGGCUACCAUUGAAAAGGAAAGAGUUAACUUGGUUGCUAUUCUCUGCACCCACAAGCACUGGGACCACAGUGGAGGGAACCGUGACCUCAGCCGGCGGCACAGGGACUGCCGAGUGUAUGGGAGCCCUCAGGAUGGCAUCCCCUACCUCACCCAUCCCCUGUGUCAUCAAGAUGUGGUGAGUGUGGGACGGCUUCAGAUCCGGGCCCUGGCCACCCCUGGCCACACUCAAGGCCAUCUGGUCUACCUGCUGGAUGGGGAGCCCUACAAGGGUCCUUCCUGCCUCUUCUCAGGGGAUCUGCUCUUCCUCUCUGGCUGUGGACGGACCUUUGAAGGCACAGCAGAGACCAUGCUGAACUCACUGGACACUGUGUUAGACCUGGGGGAUGAUACGCUGCUGUGGCCUGGACAUGAAUACGCAGAAGAGAACCUGGGCUUUGCAGGCGUGGUGGAGCCCGAGAAUCUGGCCCGUGAGAGGAAGAUGCAGUGGGUGCAGAGACAGCGGAUGGAACGCAAGAGCACCUGCCCAUCCACCCUGGGAGAGGAGCGCGCCUACAACCCAUUCCUGAGAACCCAUUGCCUGGCACUGCAGGAAGCUCUGGGGCCGGGGCCGGGCCCCACCAGUGACGACAACUCCUCCCGGGCCCAGCUCCUGGAGGAGCUGCGCCGGCUGAAGGACAUGCACAAGAGCAAGUGAUACCCCCAGCCCACCCCGGUCCAGGCUGUCCCCGCAGAGGGGAAGCCACCCACCGCCCACACCUCGCCAUCCUUCGCCAUCACGCCAUCACUAAUACCACCGCCGCCGCCGCCACCGCCACCGGUGCCCUAGGCAGCACCAUUCUUCCAGACUGUUCAGGGAGGGCAGAGCCCAGGCAGUGGGACCUAGAGGAGGAAGCAGCAGAAGGCUUGGAGACCCCACACGACACAGCUGGGUAUUUAGGGUAAGAGGAAAGUAGCAACCUGGGACACCUCUAGACUUUGCUGCCUCAGAGGGUCUGCCUCCCUCCCCCACUUGUGGACCAAUAGCCAGAUCAUGAAGGCUGCUGCUGUUGGCUUCCCCUUCCAGAGGCCGCACCCCCACUGGAGCCCUAGAACCCAGGAGAGCAGGGCACUGACCAGGCUAGUCUGGCCUCCACCUUUCCCCAUCCAGGGUGUCGGAGAAGCUCACCCUGAAAACAGUGAUAUAAGGUGUGGUGCCUGGGAAAGUGGUCGCCAACAGGGGCGGCCAGACUCUGGGUGGCCGAGACUCUAAGCUCCACCUUACCCACCCUGCUGAGACUUUGCCAGGCAGAGCCAUUCCUAAGAACACCCAAGGGCUGGAAGCCUGGCUCUGGCCCAUCCCUGACUCAGUGAAUCCCCCAAAGGCUAGAGCGAAAGGUCCCUGAUUGCCAAGGAAUCUUCUGCCUCAGGCCAAGGAGACACAAGUCGCUGGAAUACAGAGCCACACACCAUGCACAUCUGUCCCAGGUCUGCCACUGGCCUCUGCUCCUGCCCCGGCUCACAAGGGCCUGCCUUCCCAGGGGAGAGUGAGCUGUGGUCUGACCCGAGAGAUGCUGCGUUCUCCUUUGGGCCCUUGUUCUUAGGAAUUCCUGUCUGCCCUUCUGACCUCCUUAGCAUCUCUUGCUUUAUCCUCAACUCUUUUCUUCCUGAAGUCAUUACAGGCUGAUCUUUCAGUCCUGGUACGCCUCUAGCUCCUCACAGUUUGCCAAAAAAACUUCCAUCCCCACGUGAUUUCCCACUGGAUCCCGGGCCCCAGGCUGGCAGUGUACAGAAAGCAGAGGUCUGGGGAGCAAGGAGCUCCAGUGAAUGGCAGCUUCCGGGACCCCAGGGCUGGGUCUACCCCACUGCUCACCCCUCCUCCUGCUCUGCUUGUCCUCCGGGCCACCCCCGUGAGGACACCGCCGUGGUUGUCUAGCAGGCACACGUGGGUUAGCCAGGAGCCACAUCUCUGUGUCAGAGCCAUCCGUCCCUUGGGCUGUGUGGUGCCCUCCGAUGAUCCUCUGAGAUGCCCCCCCCCGCCCUCAGUUUCUCUUCUCAUCUGGCCUCGGCUGCCCUCUCUAGCCCCAGCCUUCGGAACCCACUCUAGCAAUACCACCAGACUAGUUAGCCUUCCCCGCCCCCAGGACACACGCAGUCCCAUGCCUUCGUGCCUUCGCUCACGCUGCUGUUUCUUCAACUGGAAUGCCUUCCCGCUCCUCCUCCUCCUCCUCCUCUUCCCGCCUCCUCUGCCUGGCAGCCGCCUCUAUGAGCCUCUCACCGGCCCCUCCCCCAGGAAGGCAUCCCUCACCCCUGUCUUCCAGGCUACCUCUGCUGCACCUUGUAAAUGCUUCUCUCGUGGCACCCAUCACACUAUUUUACUUGUUUACAUGUUCGCCUCCCCUUCUAGACUGUGAAUCCUUAAGGGCAUGGACUGUAUCUUCUGCAUCUCGUAUUCUGCGCCUAGCACGGUGCACUGGCACACAGUAGGCGCUCAAUAAAUGUUGAAUGAAUGAUUUAA